CUAGUAGCUCUCACUUUUUUCACAAUUUCUCGGAAGAUUUGAAUUUGGAGUUGUUGACGACUAGCUAAGCGAGUCAGCGUGCCCAACUCAGCUUUCUCCAUUAUCAUCCUUAACAAAAUUGUCUGGAAAGAGAGGAAAAGAAAGAAAAACGCGGUAGGGACACGUCACACGCUAUUAUCAUGCUUAAGUUACUCUGUUUUGCCUUCUAUAUCUAACUUCCUUUACCACAAAUCCUAUUACCAGUUACUACUUACUACUUACUACUACAAACCUCCAUUAAUUUAACUCCAUUCCCUCCACCAUCUUCACCUUCUCCCUUCUCCCUUCUUCAACCCAAUCAACACUUGCUAUCUUUUGUAUUUUUUGUAUACGAUUUCCAGUUCUUAAACAAACAAAAAUGGCGAGCAGAGAUCUUGAAAAGAAUAGAGAUGGCAACUACAAUAAUUACUCUAAUUACCCACCUCAAUCUUCUUCAUCUAUCUAUCAUCUUCAUUCCUCUGAAAGACAAUGGACUUCUUGGUUGGUUCCCGUGAUCGUUGUUGCUAAUAUUGCUAUGUUUGUUAUUGUUAUGUUCAUCAAUAAUUGCCCUAAAAAUCACUUUGGUUUUGAUACUUGUGUUGCUCGUUUUCUUGGUCGAUUCUCUUUUCAACCUCUCAGAGAAAACCCUCUUCUUGGUCCUUCUUCUAACACAUUAAUGAAUCUGGGAGCUCUUAAGUGGGAGAAGUUAGUUCAACAUCAUCAAGGAUGGAGACUUAUUACUUGCAUCUGGUUGCAUGCUGGUGUAAUCCAUCUCCUCGUGAACAUGUUGAGCUUGGUUUUCAUUGGUAUUCGCCUUGAACAACAAUUUGGAUUCGUGCGAAUUGGAAUACUCUACUUAAUUUCAGGAGUUGGUGGAUCUGUACUAUCUGCACUUUUCCUUCAAAAGAGUAUAUCUGUGGGUGCCUCUGGUGCCUUGUUUGGACUGCUUGGUGCAAUGCUUUCCGAGCUUCUUACUAAUUGGACAAUCUACGCGAACAAGGCUGCUGCUCUCUUUACACUUUUGGUCAUGAUUGCUAUCAACUUGGCUGUCGGAAUUCUUCCUCAUGUUGAUAAUUUUGCGCACAUUGGAGGGUUUAUAUCCGGAUUUCUUCUUGGAUUUGUGUUGCUCAUACGUCCUCGUUUUGGAUGGCUUGAGCGUCACCAACUGCCAGAACAUGCGCGUGUGAAAUCCAAAUACACGCCAUUCCAGAUUAUUUUUUUCUUUGUUGCUGCCGUGGCAUUGAUAGCUGGAUUUACUAUUGGAUUAGUAAUGCUUUUCCAAGGGAAGAACGGGAACGACCACUGCAAAUGGUGCCAUUACCUAAGCUGUGUGCCAACGUCAAAGUGGGAAUGCGGAAACUGAGUAAACGCUUGAACUCAUACGCCGUUCCUAGAUUCAUCGCCUUAUAUUUUUUUCACCUUUCCCGCCCUUCGAUUUUCAUUUUAGAGAUGGAUUUGUUGAUCAUUGUAUAUGAGUAGAUAGCAAUACAUAAAGGGUAUAGUUUUUUUGAUCUAUUAAUAAGUGUGUUUAUAUUAUAGAACGAUAGAAUUAUUUACUAAAUGAACAAAGCUGUGUGAAUGUUGUUGAUAAUAUACUCGUAUGUUUCUGCCUUGAGCCA